AAAAAAAACAAAUAACAAAUAUGGCGGCUAUAGAGCUGACCAUUGUCGACUGUCUUAUUCAUUCUAUUUAAUAAAAAAAAACUAAAAAAAAACUGUGUAAUUUAAUGGUGCAUGUAAAUAAACGUGAUAUGUUUUGUACUUUUAUUAAAUUACAGGAAUUAUUUGAAUACUACCCCAAACCAAACAAAUAAGAUGGAUCAAGACGAUGAAAUUAAAUCAGGUUGUUUACUAUUUCCACCUGCCGGAGGGAAUGUAUUUAGUAAAUUUCCAAAAAAGAAAACUUGGCAACAAAAGUAUUGUAUAUUAUUCAAUGCAAGCAAGCAGGGAAUUGAGCGUCUCGAAAUAUACGACCAUAAAGAAGAGGUAACAACUGGUGCUAUACCUAAAAUUAUUACCCUUGAAAAUUGUAUUAAAAUAACACAUUCUAGUCCAAAUACUAUUACUAUACUAACUAAGUCACAUACUCAGCAACUGAGCACACAAUCGGAAACUGAAACUUUGGAAUGGGUGAAAGCACUUCAAUCUGUUGCCUUUAAAGGUCGAGAUUCUUGUCCAAUCAGUUGUGAUGAAGACAAUGAUUUGUACUGCUCUUCUGGAGAAGGUGUGUUUUCAGUAAAAAUGUGUGCUUCAGAAGCUUCUACAAGGUGUGGAUUUGAGUCAAUUAGAUAUCUUCUCUUACUAACUUCAACUGCCAUUGAAUUAAAAGAUGUAACUGAUAAUAAACUAUAUGCCACAUGGCCAUACAGGUAUAUAAGAAGAUAUGGUUAUAGACAGGGUAAAUUCACUUUUGAAGCAGGAAGGAAAUGUGACACUGGAGAGGGAAUUUUUCAUUUUGACCAUCCAAACCAGUCUGAAAUAUUCAAAUGUUUGUCAUUAAAAAUGAAAACAAUGAAGCAAAUGAUUGGUAAUGACAACCUCAAUAGUCCUGAACAUACAGAGUUCAAUAUUCAACCUAGUGCAAACUUAUUUCCUGGAUCUAGGAGUCCUUUAGUGGCUGCAAGGCCUGAUGAUUUGAACUUAAGUUCUCUAUCAUUUAAGACAGCUUCUGUAUCCUCUAGCCAACAAAGUUCUUGCACUGAAAGAGAUACUGCACCUUUGCUAAUGCCAAAACCAGCAUUAAAACCUAAACCUCAAAAGCCUCCACGGAAGAUAGUCAAUGUCCAUAACUUAAACAAAAAUAUUAGUAAAGAUAUUCCAAGUUCAACCGAUGAAAGUAUUGACUUUGGUAGAUACAAUAAACUUGAUAACUAUGAACCUAUUGAUCAAGUAAAGAGAGAUCAAAGCCCACCCUCUGUGCCAUAUGACAAGAUUGAGGUGCGAAGUGAAGCUUGGAAAACUUUAGGGAUAGAUGAUCCUGAUCAUACAGAAUUUACUCCUAAUUUGGGGGAUAAUCCCAACUGCCUAAAGUUAAUAUCAAGGUCUCAAGACAAUUUGAACAACCAUGGUCUUAUCCUCAUACCAAGCCCAGUGGUUGAUCCAGAAGAUGAGAACUAUGAUAGAUUACAAUACUUUGGGUCUACAAGUAAAUUGAAUAAAUCUUCAAGAUAUAAGAAAAUGGAAGCUCGCCCCACAACUCUAGCUUUGGGAGACCCAAAGAAUAAAGACACAUGGAAUGAUUAUGAUGAAGUUGAAAAUGUAAUGCAGACUGCUAGAUUGGCAGAUGACUCUCAUUUAGGUUAUGGAAUGAUAAGAAAGCCUAAUACACCAGGACCACAGGUACCUACUGCUGCUCAAGUUCAGGCACUUCAAAAUCAAGUUGGCUUAGAAGAAGUAAACCACAACAUUUGCAACGGAAGUGAUUAUGCUAUUGUUAGCCGUCCAAAAAGGGUAUAGAACAUUGAAGACUGAAUGUAGUGAUUUUAUCACUCAAUUACCAAUAUUGUAAAUUAGAUUUUAAUCAGUGAAUAUAAUUGUAAACAUUUAUUGAUUAUUCCUCAGGCCUGUAUGUAAGAAAGAAAGAUAAAAACAUUUCCAAAAUGAGACUGUAAUCAUUCCUUUGUAUAUUCUACUUACAUUUUAGAUAUUACAUACAAGUAUUUGUAUAUUAUUGUGCACAAGUACAUAAUAAGGAUAAUGUUUGAAUGAAUGUGAUUCUAUUGUGCCUUAUAUAGUGUUUAUUAAAGUUUAGAAGCAUGUGCCAGAUGAAGCAAAUGGUUUUAAUGUAUACUUUGUAUUAAUUGUUUAGAUAUACAUAAGUAGAUAUCCAAUGUCCUUACCCACUAUUAAAUUUAGUGUGAUUUCAGAUUAUUAUACUUAAUGUUAUAAGAUAAUUAUGAUCUGAGUUUUAGAGAAACAGGAUGAAUAAUAAUUAGCUUGUUACCUUUUUUGAUGUAAUAAUAUCUAUUUUA